CCAGCUGGAGCAGGCGCUCUGAGCCGCCCCCCUCGGACUCCGCCGAAAUACCCUCUCGCCUCAGUCACUGCCGGACCGACCGACCCCAGACGUCCCCCGGGGGCCCCCUGUCGCGCCCUCAUGGCCAAGCCUGUGCUGUUGGUUCUCUGCCUGGCUCUGGGUGUGGCUCCCGGCUGCGUGGUCAGCGGUCCCCCCGCAGGCACCAGCGAGCCCCCGAGCGCACAGACCGCGGCGCCCCCCGAGCCCGAGACCCUGCAGAAUGAGGCGGACAACCAGGAGAACAUCUUGUCUCAGCUGCUGGGGGACUACGACAAGGUCAAGGCCGUGUCCGAGGGCUCCGACUGCCAGUGCAAGUGUGUGGUGCGGCCUCUGGGCCAAGACGCCUGCCAGCGGGUCAACGCGGGGACCCCCAGGAAGGAGGACUUCUACACCGUGGAGACCAUCACCUCCGGCUCCCCCUGCAAGUGUGCCUGCGUCGCGCCGCCCUCCGCCCUCAACCCCUGCGAGGGCGACUUCCGGCUCCAGAAGCUCCGGGAGGCCGACAGCAGGGACUUGAAGCUGGCCACCAUCAUCGACAUGCUGGAGGGGGCUUUCUACGGCCUGGACCUCCUGAAGCUACACUCGGUCACCACCAAGCUGCUGGGGCGCGUGGACAGGCUGGAGGAGGAAGUUUCCAAAAACCUCACCAAGGAAAACGAGCAAAUCAAGGAGGACGUGGCAGGGAUUCGAGCCGAGAUGAACAAGCAGCACAAAGAGAACUGCUCUCGGAACCCCGAGUGCAGCCUGCCCGACGUGAGCGCCACCCUGCAGAGGGACGCAGCGGCCGCCUACGCCCACCCCGAGCAGUACGAAGAGAGGUUCCUGCAGGAAGAGACCGUGUCCCAGCACGUCAACUCCAUCGAGCUCCUGCACACGCGGCCGCUGGCUCCGCCGGAGCUGGCGCGGCCCCUCCAGAGGCAGGUGCGGCUGCGGGGCCGGCCCGCCUCCAAGCCCACCGUCAUCCGGGGCGUCACCUACUACAAAGCCAAGGACCCCGAGGAGGAGAACGACAUAGAAGAGCAGCAAGACGAGUUUUUUAGCGGCGACAACGGUGUGGACUUGCUCAUUGAGGACCAGCUGCUGAGACACGAGGACCUGCUGACAGCUGCACCCCGCAGGCCGGCAGCCCCCCGUCACGCUGCUGCUGUGACCCCAGCCUUGUCUUCCGCAAGGCCCCCGGCCUCCACCUUGGCGCCCCGAGUCCCGGGCCCUACUGUCUCGGCCUCGGCGGAACCCACGUCCACACCCCUGCCGGCCACGCCCGUGUCUCCAGACGCCCCAGGGGAGGCAGUCCUCACGCCGUCCAGUCGGGCACCGGCCACCACCGUGGCCCACACGGCCACCCAGCCCCCUCCGGCCCCAGCUUCUCUGCCCGUAGCUCCUGGGGACACAUUUCUGGAGACCACACAAGUGGCCCCGGUGCCUCCCACCGUGGUCGGGACAGACUCCCCGGGGCGGGACGCCAUCGCUGGGCAGGGCACAGCCCCUGCCAGCCCCACCCUGCACCCCGAAGGGGAAGAUGACAUCCGGAAUGUCAUAGGAAGGUGCAAGGACACCCUGUCCACAAUCACGGGGCCCACCACCCAGAACACCUACGGGCGGAACGAAGGGGCCUGGAUGAAGGACCCCCUGGCCAACGAUGAGCGGAUCUACGUGACCAACUACUACUACGGCAACACCCUGGUGGAGUUCCGGAACCUGGAGAACUUCAAGCAGGGCCGCUGGAGCAACUCCUACAAGCUGCCCUACAGCUGGGUGGGCACAGGCCACGUGGUGUACGGCGGCGCCUUCUACUACAGCCGCGCCUUCACCCGCAACCUCAUCAAGUACGACCUGCGCCGCCGCUUCGUGGCCGCCUGGGCCAUGCUGCACGACGCGGCCUACGAGGAGGCCACGCCCUGGAGCUGGCAGGGCCGCUCCGACGUGGACUUCGCCGUGGACGAGAACGGGCUGUGGCUCAUCUACCCGGCCCUGGACGACGAGGGCUUCGGCCAGGAGGUGAUCGUGCUGAGCAAGCUCAACGCCGCGGACCUGAGCACGCAGAAGGAGACCACGUGGCGCACCGGGCUGCGCCGGGACCUGUACGGCAACGGCUUCGUCAUCUGCGGCGUGCUGUACGCCGUGGACAGCCACAACCAGCGCAACGCCAACAUCUCCUACGCCUUCGACACGCACACCAACACGCAGAUCGUGCCGCGGCUGCUGUUCGAGAACGAGUAUUCCUACAGCACCCAGAUAGACUACAACCCCAAGGACCGGCUGCUCUACGCCUGGGACAACGGCCACCAGGUCACCUACCGCGUCAUCUUCGCCUACUGACCCCGGCCGGCCGGCGUGCCAGGGCCACGCACCUUGUGUGUGCAUGUGAGUGCGUGUCCGUGUGUGUGCGUGUCCGUGUGUGUGUGUGUGCAGACCGGUAAGUGCUGUUUGGAAAUCUAUAUUAUUUUGUACAAUGUGAAGCGACGACUUGGGUCUAUUUUCUGUGUGGGUUGUAGAUCGAUCCACGCCUGAGUGUGCUGGCCUCAUCCUCCACAGUCUAUAUU